UGUCAAGAUUUCCAUGGUUUCCUCCAGCCAACAUCAUGGAAGGUUGCAAUGAUGUUGAUGUUGAUGAAAAUAAAUUUGAUCCAUAUGAAGCACCGACUGAACUCAGUAGUAUCCAACUAGUAGUCGUCUAAUACAUAGAUAUACGUACAUAACCUAUCGAAGUACCUAAUCUAAAUACAGUAAGCGUCUAGAAACGUGCCGCCGGCGGCGGCGGCGGUGUGCGACAGACCGGAAACAUCGUAUGACGCAAGACGAGACAAAAAAGAAAAAAAUACCGUUUCCAAUCACAGACCAGCCACCUUGACAUCACGUGACCUUGACUCUGGUGAAAUUCACAGAACCUAUUUAGAGAUAACUCAUUAGCUGCGCUUAUUUCGGGAUGGUUUUUUUUUUUUUCGUCGUCUUCGGUGUUAAUUAGUGGUGUCUUGUGAGAAGAUCACUGGGCCAAGUUUAUCUCGUUUUAGGGAUGUAGAUGUAACUAUAGAAAGUUUUAUAUGACGCCGAUGAAACACAUUGGCAAGAAUCACAAUAAAAUCUAUGUUAACGUUGCAUUUGCCACUGGCAUUUCAGUGUAAUCUUCAGCAAUUCAGUUAGUUUUAACUAGACAGAAGUUAAUUAUAGUGAGUCAUGUGGAGCACUGGUGUGAUGCCAAAUCGUUUAUUUCUGUGAAUACCUGCGAGUGCGGGCGUGAGCGGCGCGCGGUCACAUCGCUCGCUCCACGGGACAAUACGGCCUCUGCCCUGCGCCUUGACAUUAAAACUAUGUAUUGCCAAUAAGUAUAUAAAGUAAGAGAAAUCUGUGGACAAGUAUCAUUUGGCAAUCAUUGCCCAACAGUGAUAAUGAGGGCGGCAGUGUUGUUGGGAGUCCUGGCGGUGGCGGCGGCGGCGGCGGCGCGGGACGUGCGCGGCAAGCGGGAGGCGGACUUACUGCCGGCCCCCACCGAGCACUGGGAGCAGGGGGCGGGGGGCGAGGGGCACAGCGAGCACCACGCCGAACACGGAGAGGAAGGAGAGAAGGGCUACAAGGGACACCACCACCACGAGCACGGGAAGAAGGGCCAUCACCACAAGGAGGGCCACAAGGGACACUACGGCGAGCACGGCGGACACAAGCACCACCACCACCACGACGACGGGUACUACGACGAACACCACCACGGGGAGAAGGGGGAAAAGGGCCACGGGUUUGAGGAGGAGGGACACUACAAGAAGGGACACUCCAUAAAAGGCCACCACGGAGUCCACAAGGUAGAUGAGUUUAAAAAAGACAAGCAUUUCCAUGAUAAACACGGUGAGUCCGGAUUUGAAGAAUCUCACGGGGGGCACCACAACGAAGGGGGGUACAAGAAAGGGGGAGAGUUCCACAAGGGGCAUAAGCACAGCGGGCACCAUGAGCACGAGCACGGCCACAAGGGGCACUAUGAGAAGGGGGGGCACCACCACGACCACAAGGGAUUCCAUGACGAGGGGGGGCACCACGAGCACCACCACCACCACCACGACCACGGCAAGAAGGGGGGGCACGAGGACCACAAGCACUGGGGGUGGGGACACUAAUUAGUGAUUUGAGCUGUUUUGUUAUUGUUGAUACUAUUUGUGAUACUUGAUUAAAUUAUUUCAAUUAA